AUUUUCAGACAGCCAUAUGGAUACAUACUCUGCCCUGACAGGAGGAUCCAGCGAGCUGUGUUUAGACUCCAGCUCGGACAUUCCGCAUAUACCCAACGGUGUCUCUGACCCACCAUCAUUGUCAUACUUCCCAGCUGGGUCUUAUUGGUCUCCAAUUGGUACACGGUCCGGCGCGGCUAAUGCUGAUUUCUACUUUUUUUCUUUUUUCAUCUUUUUUGCCCCCUUUUUCAUCGACUUCCUAUUCAGGGUCUCCGCCAUUCGGCUGACAGUCAAGCCAGCUGCAGACUAAAAAAUAAAAUAAUCAUAAAUUAAAUAUGGGCCUCGGGGAUUAAGCUUAAAAGGAAGCAGUUCGCCCUCGAUUGUGAGAGUU